AUGGACGCCAGCCCGGCGGGCAGCGAAGGGGCGGCAAGCCCAGGCUCCAAGGGCCCCACCGCGCUGAUCAUCACUGUCAACCGUGUGAAGAACCUGGUGAAGGAGGAUGCCGAGAUCAAGAGCAUCUCCACAGAGGCCUGCUUUGCGGUGGCCAAGGCCACCGAGCUCUUCCUGGAGGGCCUGGCCAGCAAGGCGGCAGCACACAUGCAGGCGGCGGGGCGCGCCGACUCGCUCGAGUAUGCCGAUGUGGCGGCGGUGGUGGCGGAGAGCGAGGCGCUGGACUUUCUUGGGGAUGUCGUUCCGCAGACUGUCAAGGCUGCGGCCCUGCUAGCCUCCGCAUGA